AUGACUCAAGGCAACUUUUCUUUUCACCAUCGACGUUCUCCUUCCGGUUCGUGUGCCUCGAAGCUGAGAACAGUCCGGCCGGCACUACAUCGGAAAGGCACAUCCUUUGUGAAUCACUCCAUCUCGAAGCUGGGUGCAGGACACGCCAGGCAUAGUGAAUCAGAUAACGAUUGUCAAUCCGAGAUGGCGGCCAGUUUUCUCAAUUUUUGUGCCAUGUGCGAGAGACAGAUUACUGUACCGGACAAUUCUCGCCUUUAUUGCAGUGAAAGUUGCCGUCGCAAGGACUCCCAUAAACCACUCUCAGCUUCCUUCACAUCGACUCACACCAUGCCAUCUUCCACCACUCCCCCGUCUUCUCCUCCUAUGUCUCCCCGAACCAUUGUACCACCUAUGACUCCCACCAAAGCUCCUAUCACAUCGACCCAGGUCACCCGGAUACUGGGUGAGCUCCAUGACUCCAAGACGGAUCAGGAUCCGUCCGAAUGGAAGCCGGUAAUACCAAUGGGUACCAAUGGUUCAGCCCCGCCGGCUUCGUCGGAAGCCUGGCAGUAUCUGUCCCAAUUCCAUAGCGGCUCUGCCCCCGUCCCGAUGCGCCGUCCCAGGGUUGAACACCGCAGCUCAGCCAGUUUGUUCACGCUUUUGGGUAGUACGGGUGCUCCUCCAUCGCUGACGCAUACCCCAUCUACUGCGGCGUCUUCUUUCAGCAGCAAUGCUUCUGACAGCUACCUGAACGAGCUGGCCCACCGUCCAUUGCCUCCACGCCGCAAAUCCUACUUCUCGGGCAGUGCUAAUGGCGUGAAGGGCGUUGAGCUAGUUGUCCCUCACAUGGGGGUUCGUGUUGGGGACUCUACUGUCGACAUGAAUGGGGGAUCCAUUUUCCCAGCAAGCAGUGGGCUUUGGGGGGACCACAAUGACAAGUGCCCCGCAACCGUCAGGAUCUCGGGUAGCGUGCCCCUCCACACGCCUGUACGCCCGCAAUAA